AUGAGCGCGACACUCACGGCAGACCUACAGCUCUACGCGCUACUUGUGAUAUGGUCUCCCCCUGCUAUCGUCACGCACGACUCCGAGAAGGAGUACCGGUCGCGCAAGUCACCGAAGAAGCCUCUGCCCCUCCCAUCGCUCUCCGACCCUAGCACGGUAGACCUUACGGUCGUAAUUCCUGCGUUCAAUGAGACGGAGCGGCUACCUGACAUGCUCACUUCCGCUAUCGACCAUCUACGCGUGACACCACUCAAGCUCUCCUACGAGAUCCUGAUCGUCGACGAUGGUUCGACCGACGGUACUGCCGAUGCAUCCCUCAAGUUGGCAGCACAAUAUCCUGACUCUGAUAUCCGUGUUGUAAGCUUGAAGCACAACCUGGGCAAGGGAGGCGCCGUGCGGCACGGCAUGCUUCAUUCAAGCGGGGAGAGGCUGCUGAUGGUGGACGCCGACGGGGCUAGCCGCUUCAUGGACCUCGACGCGCUGUGGAAGGCUAUGGACAAGAUAGGACCGAACAACGCGCCCGCUAUUGCCGUUGGCAGUCGGGCCCAUCUGGUCAAGACGGAGGCGGUUGUAAAGCGCUCUCUGAUCCGCAACGUACUCAUGUAUGGCCUGCAUACCAUCCUCCGUAUUGUCGGCGUCGGCCAUAUCCGCGACACACAAUGUGGCUUCAAGCUGUUCUCUCGCAAGGCCGCGCAGCAUAUAUUCCCUGCACAGCACCUUCCGACGUGGAUAUUCGACGUCGAGCUACUUCUACUAGCGAAGCAGCUCGGUAUACCAGUCGCAGAGGUCCCCAUCGAAUGGCAUGAGGUACCGGGAAGCAAGUUGAACGUCUUCACCGCCUCGCUGCAGAUGCUCCGAGACUUGUUAAUCGUUCGAGCGAACUUGCUUUUGGGGAGGUGGAAAGGUGCGUUCUUCCUUUCUUCGUACUUGGAGCCGAAUAUUGAGGCCUUCUCCAGCGGUCCCACUGGAGAGGUCCUCUACGACGAACGGUCGCGCUGUAAAUUAAUAUCGCUAUAUGACACCGUUCGCAUAGACAUGCCAGAGAGCACCAAUCCGGAUCAUGCUAGUAGACGGAAGACCAUACCGAGGUAA